UUUUUCUCUCUGCUUAGUAGGAAUCAGUUGUUGCAUAAGAGAUUGCCUGGAGAGGGUGUCAGAGAUUCCAUCUGGCAGCAUGCCAUCAACAGUCUUGCAGGUUUUUCUACUGUUAGACAGAAUAUUGUGGCUGAUGCAGGAAAAUUGACAGGUCGAGUGUUUGCUCCCUACUCAGUAGUUAAAGGCAAGGCGGCACUUUCUGCUGAACCUAGACUGCCCACAUUUAGCAGACUGGAUUCUGGAGGUGUUAAACUCAAUCGCCGCGGUGUCAUUAUGUUGACAUUCUGGCCAUCUGUUGGUGAGCGCAAAUAUGACUGGGAAAAGGGGCAGUUGUUUGCUUUAUCAGCAACAGAGGUUGGAUCAUUGAUAAGUAUCGGGACUAGAGAUUCUUGUGAAUUCUUCCAUGAUCCUUCAAUGCUAUCAAGCAAUGCUGGUCAAGUAAGAAAGAGCUUGUCAUUUAAGCCAAAUGCUGAUGGCAGUGGUUAUUUCGUUUCAUUGAGUGUCGUCAACAAUAAUAUCAAAACCAAUGAUCGGCUUACUGUUCCUGUUACUAUUGCUGAGUUUGCUGUUAUGCGAACAGCUUUCAGUUUUGCGCUGCCUCAUAUCGUGGGAUGGGAUCGCUUCACUAAUCAGUCUUCAGAAAGCGUCUCUCAAAGUCCCUCAAAGGUGGUUCCACAACUUAUGGAGGCAGAGUGGGAUAGAUGA